UUGAGCUUUUACUUUGAAAGGCAUGUUUAAACCAGGAAGAGAAAUGUCGCUUGCCACGUGAAGUACUGCGGAAGCUUCAACUUGCUGCCUUCGUAAUUCGCUUUCAUAAUCAUUAUUAUUGAACAAUCACGCGAUGUCUUCUUUGCUACCUGUAAAGAUUGGAAUAAUCGGCGGUUCGGGCCUUGACGAUCCUGAUAUACUGGAGGGAAGAACCGAACGUUAUGUUGACACGCCGUACGGAAAGCCAUCCGAUGCCUUGAUACUAGGAAAAAUAAAAAAUGUUGAAUGUGUCCUCCUCGCAAGACAUGGAAGACAACACACCAUCAUGCCAUCUAACAUCAACUACCAGGCCAACAUCUGGGCGCUGAAGGAAGAGGGCUGCACACAUCUCCUGGUCACCACGGCGUGCGGAUCCCUGCGAGAGGAGAUCCAACCUGGCGACAUCGUCAUCAUCGAUCAAUUCAUCGACCGGACCAGCAAGAGAGCGCAGACGCUUUACGACGGUCAGCCGACCAGUCCUCCAGGCGUGUGUCACAUUCCCAUGGCUGAGCCUUUCUGCAACAAGACCAGAGAGUUGCUCGUGGAGGUGGCGCGAAGUCUUGGCAUCAAGUGCCACGUGAGGGGCACCAUGCUCAGCAUCGAGGGGCCCCGCUUCUCGUCGCGGGCUGAGAGCCUGAUGUUUCGCCAGUGGGGCGCCGACGUCAUCAACAUGACCACGGUGCCCGAGGUGGUCCUUGCCAAGGAGGCGGGUUUGUGCUACGCCAGCAUUGCCAUGGCGACGGACUACGACUGCUGGAAGGAGCACGAGGAGGCGGUCUGUGUGGACAACGUGAUGAAGACCAUGAAAGAGAACGCCAACAAAGCCAGCAGCCUCCUGCUGACCGUCAUUCCUCAGAUCAGCCAGGUGGACUGGAGCCAGAGCAGAACCUUGUUGAAGGCCAUGGCCCAGUCGUCAGUGAUGUUGCCCAAACAUUGAACCCCAAAAAAAGGAAAGGAAAAGCCAAGCUUGCCAUCUUAAGCGAAUCGAACUAGUUUGUGGUUUUGUAUCGCCACAAGUUAAGGACUGCUCCCAGUUUGACGUUAAUCGGACAUUUUCACUAGAUAUUAUUUUAUUUUUGGAUGUUUUACAUGUGUAUGAUGUCUACAUUUUUAUAUGGGUUUGUUUUUAAUAGACAGAUUGAAGUUGAAGCUUUUUUUUAGAUGGAGCUUUCCCCGCUUCUGAAAUUGAAUCCUUACUAAAUCUGUGUCGAUGCAUUAAAAAAAAAAAAUCUGUUCACCAA